GUUAUUAAGGCGCGCGCGACGAAGUCACAUUCAUUCGGCCCUAGUUCUCCAGACAGUGCACGUAUUCGAUAUGUCGACGAAGAAGGAAAAAGUCGGAAUUGUGGGCAGUGGUCUGAUUGGAAGGUCAUGGGCGAUGCUAUUCGCUUCCGUGGGCUACCAAGUAACCGUGUUUGAUAUCGUACCGCAGCAAGUCACAGACGCCCUCAAAGACAUUGAAGUGCAACUGAAAACUUUGGAAAAAGACGGUCUUCUGCGUGGUACACUGAAUGCAGACCAACAAUUCAAAUGUAUUACAGGAUCGACAGAUUUAGCGACAGCCGUCAAAGAUGCCAUAUUCGUUCAAGAAUGUGUACCAGAAAGCUUAGAUUUGAAAAAGAAGGUAUUCCAAAACUUGGACAAAGUUGUGGAUGACAAAACAAUUCUAUCAAGUUCUACCAGUACCACUGUACCCUCUUUGUUUUCCGAAGGGUUGAAACAUAAAUCACAGGUCAUCGUGUCGCAUCCAGUCAAUCCGCCGUACUACGUGCCUUUAGUUGAAAUUGUACCCGCUCCUUGGACUAAACCUGAGGUAGCGAAGAAGACUAGGGAAAUAAUGAUCGAGAUUGGCCAAGAGCCCGUCUCACUGUCCAGAGAACUUGAAGGCUUCGUCCUUAAUCGCAUCCAAUAUACAAUUUUAAAUGAAGUGUGGCGGUUACUCGAGGGUGGAAUCGUUGAUGUGCAAGACGUCGAUAAAGUCAUUUCUGAAGGUCUCGGGAUGCGGUAUGCUUUCCUUGGGUCCCUUGAAACCGCACAUUUAAAUGCUGAAGGAAUGAAGAGCUACAUUGAAAGAUAUGGGGAUACCAUUUAUAAAGUGAGUACAACGAUGGGCGAUAUACCAAAGAUGACGCAAAGUAAAGCUGCGGAUUCUAUUUGCAACCAAUUGAAUUCUAUGGUUCCCAUCGACAAGCUGCAAGAACGCCGAGCGUGGAGAGACGCCUGUCUCACACGUUUAGCGUUACUCAAGAAAGAGAUGAACAAAACCUACAAAAAAUAACUGUUUGCAAUAUAUUUUCCGUUUUAUAAAAUUUAUUAUCUGUUUUUAAAAUAAAAACUUUUCUCGA